AUGGAUAACUCCUCUAUUAUAGCUUCGAAUGAAAAUUUCCAAUUUCAAAAACCCGUUAUUUAUAAAAACAGGGCCAGAAGUCUCAUACAACAAAGUAAUAUGAUCGGUUCAGAAAACCAAAAUAAGGAACAAGGUAAUGGAACAAGCAUUAGAGACAAAAUUAAAAGACUCUUUUCAAGUAAGCAUGAUCAAUCAAUAAGAGAUUUUCAGAAAACGAAACUUACAAUGAAUAAAUGCCUGCAGAAACAGGAGCCAAAUGAUACAAGUAUAAAUGAAUUUACUCCUACUCAUAAUCAGAACAUAGAAUGGCAACCAGUUUAUCAUGAAAGUUGUAAAAUAAAACUACCAGUAGAUGAAUAUAAAACGAAAAUAUCUAUGCCAGAUGAAGUACUUGAUGAAUGGGUCCUUAAUCAAAAUAAAAUUUCUCAACAUUUAUUGGCUUCUAAAAUGAACAGUACGGAAAAAGGUUGUAACGAUGAUUAUGAGACUUCUGACGAUGAUAGUUAUAUCGAUGGUGAAGGUCAUCACAGUGAUUCGAAAAAAAGUUCGAGUGGUAAUUGUAUUUUCAAUAAAAGUGCUUCAAAAAAAUCAUGCAUGCUUAACAACGAAAAGGAACCAUACUCCAAGUUUAAGUAUUACUACAACUAUUAUUUGGUAGAUGAAUAUUUAGAAUCCUUGGCAGAGUCUCAAAAUAAGAACCUCGAAGCCACUGGACUCGAUGAGCAUGGUCAACUCUAUGACAAUGUGAGUUUGAAUGUGAAGCCGAUAAUUGUAUCCAAGGAGAGGCUAGAAAAUGGAGUCCCAUAUGACCCCUCCAAAUUGCUCAAGUAA